AUGGCCCGGAAGCUGCUGCUCCUCCUUUGCCUGUUCUCCGGCUUGCACGCGAGAUCCAGAAAGAUGGAAGAGGAUGAAUAUGAAGAUUCAUCGUCAAACCAAAAGUGGGUCUUGGCUCCAAAAUCCCAAGAUACUGAUGUAACACUUAUUCUCAACAAGUUGCUAAGAGAAUAUGAUAAAAAACUGAGGCCGGACAUUGGAAUAAAACCAACCGUAAUUGAUGUUGACAUCUAUGUUAACAGCAUUGGUCCUGUGUCCUCAAUAAACAUGGAAUACCAAAUUGAUAUAUUUUUUGCUCAAACCUGGACAGACAGCCGUCUUCGAUUCAACAGCACAAUGAAAAUACUUACUCUGAAUAGCAACAUGGUGGGAUUAAUAUGGAUUCCAGAUACAAUCUUCCGCAAUUCUAAAACUGCAGAGGCUCACUGGAUUACCACCCCCAAUCAGCUCCUCAGAAUUUGGAAUGAUGGGAAAAUCCUUUACACCUUAAGGCUCACCAUAAAUGCAGAGUGCCAGCUGCAGCUACACAACUUCCCCAUGGAUGAACACUCUUGCCCGCUGAUUUUCUCCAGCUAUGGCUACCCCAAAGAAGAAAUGAUUUAUAGAUGGAGAAAAAAUUCAGUUGAAGCCGCUGAUCAGAAAUCCUGGCGACUUUAUCAGUUUGACUUCAUGGGCCUCAAAAACACCACAGAAAUUGUGACAACAUCUGCAGGAGAUUAUGUUGUCAUGACUAUAUAUUUUGAAUUGAGUAGAAGAAUGGGAUACUUCACUAUUCAAACAUACAUCCCCUGUAUUCUGACUGUGGUUUUGUCUUGGGUCUCCUUUUGGAUCAAAAAAGAUGCUACACCGGCCAGAACAGCAUUAGGCAUCACCACAGUGUUGACCAUGACCACGCUCAGCACCAUAGCCAGGAAGUCCUUGCCCCGUGUGUCCUAUGUGACUGCCAUGGACCUCUUCGUGACUGUGUGCUUCUUAUUUGUCUUUGCUGCUCUCAUGGAGUAUGCUACCCUCAACUAUUAUUCAAGUUGUAGAAAACCAACCACCACUAAGAAGAAAACAUCAUUAUUACGUCCAGAAUCCUCAAGAUGGAUUCAUGAGCGAAUAAGCCUACAAGCCCCCUCUAACUAUUCUCUCCUCGACAUGAGGCCACCACCACCUGCGAUGAUCACUUUAAACAAUUCCGUGUACUGGCAAGAUUUUGAGGAUACCUGUGUCUAUGAGUGUCUGGACGGCAAAGACUGUCAAAGCUUCUUCUGCUGCUAUGAAGAAUGCAAAUCAGGAUCAUGGAGAAAAGGGCGUAUUCACAUAGACAUCUUGGAGCUGGACUCAUAUUCCCGGGUCUUUUUCCCUACAUCAUUCCUGCUCUUCAACUUGGUCUAUUGGGUUGGAUACCUGUAUCUCUAA